AUGUCACCUCACUCUCGGACGCGGGAACAGAUUCGUCGAUCACUGCGUUAUGAGCCUCGAGAUAGAUUCCACCAACCGGACGCUGAGCUCAUUCUCAAGUUCGAUGCGUCUGUGGUCAAAGGGCAGGAAGUGCGGAACCUCACCACGAGCGGUUGGUUACACAUUGCUGUGUGGUGGCUGCUGAAGGCCCGUGCAGUCCUUGCCAACGCGGACAAGCCAAGCCCGUUGGAUCAUCGUGGAAGCGUUAGCCCAUCAACUUUAUCGUGGUCCUCGAGCCAUCAAGCAUAUGUUGACCUGCUCAAGGCCUCAUAUAUCCUAUAUGAUGUUGUGCUCAGAACUGGCAGUCCGGAGGAAUUGUGCUUGAAUGAGAAUCGAAAAAUGGUCUCCGAUUUGUCCGAUGGUAUUAGGGAAGACUUCUCCCAGUUCAGCUCAGUCGAUGUUCCAGACUAUGCUGCCAUUCAUUCACACAACCAGGAGAUUUUGGAAACAAUACAACCCGAAGAAAGUACGGGUAAUAUCAAUCCACGUUUAGGUCUAGGCGAUGUCCGUUAUACUGCAGUCGAGAUCGAAGACGCAGGCAAUGAGGACGAACAAGUCUUCUUCCGCACGUUCGUCAACGCCGGGAUAGGUAGCAAGAAGCUUCGCAUGAGAACGAAAGGCGCCCCAUACAUGCUUCUGUUGUCUACCAAAGAAGGAGACAAUGAGCCGAAAAUUACCAUAUGCAAUCAAAUGGGCACUUUUUGCCUCCAGCGGGACUUCACGCCAGCAGAUUUGGCCCAGCUUGUUCAAGUCUCAGAAGCCUCUCUCAACAUUCUUUCGGUUGCCAAGUCUACGGAGCCGGUGACGCUGAUGUUUGAGACGGUCAGCGUUUCUAUCUCGUUUCAAUAUCUGCCCGACUUGGUACAGUUCAUCAGCGUUCCGAAAGCCUACUUCGAUGCGGUGUGGCCCCGGGAGCCAGUGAGCUCGGAUGAGAUUACCGAAACUAUGAUCUAUAGAGGCACUGUUGAGGUACUGGAGCAACUCAAAGCACCUAGCAUGGUAGCCAUGAGUCCAGCUCUGGUUCACCGAUCCUGUGAAGUGCGCAUUCUAGAGAGAUCAUUUGGCGAAGCAUGGCGAUCCAUCCGGAGAUUGGUCAUCAGUUCUUCCGUGGCCGACAAAGAUCCAAUGUGUAUUGAUUGGUUCAUGCCUCUGAGCUGUGUACAAAUCAGCCGCAAAAAAGGAUCGAGGCAGGCGCUACUGAAGUGGUCAGAUACUGGGCAAGAACGAUCCGAUAAGACUGAUGGGAACUACAACCCUCUCUACUCCAAUGUUUAUGAUGAGAAGAAUCCCAAUAUCGGGAUUGGUAUAGAAUGGUCAACAGAGCAGGCAGCAGAGGAGUUUGAGCAGGCUAUAAUGAGUCUGAGCGCGAAACCGAUAUUCUCCUGGUCUCAGACCCAAGGCUCGGGUCACGUCUACGACGCAGUGGACGACACUCCGGAUCACAAGAAAUACAAAAUCAUCAUGGUGUGUCAGGCACACGCGUGCUGGAAGUCCAGUGGUGUAUAUUAUGUCUACAGAGACAUCGACUACAGCUAUGAGCAUGGCAGCCGCAGUGUCCGAUUUCCGCAUAUAUUUCACACCCACUACAUAUCAUCACACGUGGAUCAGUUGUACCGUGCUGACUCUCAGGUUAGAUUCUCCCACAGCGAGAAGGUGACGGGAAGCGUUGCGAUAAGCUUCGACGAAGUGCUCACCCUGCAGGGAUUCAUGAGCUCACUGGCAUCCUCCCACGAACUCGUGUUCUCCAGACGUGCCACAUCUCUUACAACCAAAUCCAAGUUCUUCUUCGGCCAUAAGAAAUCAUCCAAGGGAGACUCGGAGGUACAGCUGUGGCGAGAUGGGGAGAAUCUUCGUCUUGCUGCACGAUGGAAAAGUGAUCAAAUCGCGGACAAGUGGUUAACAUUGAGGAUGCCAGCUCGGGAGCCGACGCGGGACCACAAUGAUCGAAUAAAUUUUCCCACGCAGGAGUUUUCAAGAGGAAUGGUGCUCAAUAUGGCUAAGAUAGCCGCUGGAAAAGCGAAGGACCCGAGUAAGGAACGAUCGCGAGGUCCUGUGACGAUUCAUUUCGCAACAACAAAAGGUGGGUUCCCGAAGGAGCAUGAUGGGGCAUGCAAGUAUAUAUCCUGGUUACUCUCCGCUUCGAAGCUAAUGAUCAACAUUGAGUGA